CCUACACAACCCUUAAAUUCUCUUGCAUGUGUCUCUGUUCAUUCAACAAGUUUCGGAUCAGUUUACGAAUUUCAUAUUGGACCCAAAUGCAGGUUUUCUUCACUGAAUCUUGGGCAUUUUUCAAAUUUGGUUCUUUGGCACCCUCUACUUAGUUCUCACCAUGUCUGAUACCAAAAGAAGUGCUAAAAACAACGGUUCCAAGCGGAACCUGCCAUCAUGGACGAGUUCAAAGGAGAACGAGGGCGAAAACAGUUCAAAGAAACUGUCUUUGGAUGGCAAAGGCGAGAAAUGCAGUGAAGGUGACAUACCCAAGAAACCUUCUGCCUCAAGUUUGGAAUCUAAAAGCUUCAACAAGCUUCUGGAAGGGGUGGUUUUUGUGCUUUCAGGGUUUGUGAAUCCGGAGAGGGGCAUGCUGAGAUCACGAGCAAUGGAAAUGGGUGCAGAAUAUCAGCCUGAUUGGAACUCUGAUUGCACUCUCUUGGUUUGUGCUUUUCCAAAUACCCC